UUUGCAGAUGAGAAAUACGCGAAUGCGUAGAUCUUUCUGACCCAUCACCAAUUUCACUUCUAAAUCUGUUCUUACUUUUCUAUUUUCUCCCCUCUUUUUUCUUUUUCCAUUUGAUACGUCUCUCCAAGGUAUAAUUUCCAUGAACUUUACAAAAAAUUCCCAGAUAAGAAGCUGGUGGAUGCUUAUUUUCACAUUCUAGGGGGUGUUUCAUGUAUGGGUCCAAAAUUCUUGGGGUUCUAAUGACUCCUGUGCAAAACAAAUCAGGCACCCACAGCCACAAUUCUUCAGGAUCAGGGUCUUCUCUGAGGGACCUCUUGUACUCAGACCCUUCAACAAGUUGGACUUCUGAAGACACUGAAACAUUGUCUGCAGAUCCACUAUUUAGACUGGAAUGUCUGAUGAAUCAAUCAGGAAAUAAGUUUUGUGCAGAUUGUGGCUCCCCAGAUCCCAAAUGGGUGUCCGUAAAUAUUGGAGUAUUUAUAUGUAUCAAAUGUUCUGGUGUUCAUAGAAGCCUGGGAGUGCACAUAUCAAAGGUUCUAUCAGCGAAGCUAGAUGAAUGGACAGAUGAAGAAGUUGAUAUUUUGGCUGAAAUGGGUGGAAACAAUGUAGCUAACAUGAAAUAUGAAGCUAUACUACCAGAUAAAAUAAAAAAGCCAAAACCAGAUUCCACUAUAGAGGAGCGUUCUGAUUUCAUUAGGAAGAAGUAUGAGCUGAAACAAUUUUUCAGAUCCAAUGAUCAUCCAGAGACCUAUUGUAGAUUACAAAGUAUGAGCUACAACAAUUUUUCCUCCUGUCCAUCUAAUUUGAGUGGCCCUUUUCCAUCUGGUCUGAGUUUAUCGUCCUGUCAGAACAAUUCUUCAAGAAAUAACGCUAGCACAUCCAGAGAGAAGAGAACCUACGAGAAACAACACACUGGGCAUCGUAUUCAUGGACUUGGUCAUGCAUUCCGCUACAGCUGGAGAAGAAAGGAAAAUGAGCACAAGGCUGCAAAGAAAGAAAACUCAGGACCGGGUAUGGUUGAAUUCGUUGGAUUGAUAAAGGUCGACAUCAUUAGAGGGACCAACCUAGCCAUUCGAGAUGUAUUGAGUAGUGAUCCUUAUGUCAUCCUCACGCUGGGACAGCAAUCAAUGAGAACGCGUGUGAUAAGGAACAACCUGAACCCAGUCUGGAAUGAAAGGCUAAUGUUAUCAAUUCCAGAAACUAUCCCACCUCUAAAGUUGCUUGUAUACGACAAGGAUACAUUUACACAUGAUGAUUACAUGGGAGAAACAGAGAUUGACAUCCAACCCCUACUCACUGCUGCCAAAGCCUAUGAGAACUCCACCAUCACCAAAUCCAUUGAGCUUGGGAAAUGGAUAGCUAACAAACACAAUACCUUGGUAAAGGACAGCAUAAUCAGCCUGGUAAAGGGGAAGGUAAAGCAAGACGUCACAAUCAGGUUGCAGAAUGUCGAGCGUGGAGUGUUAGAGAUUGAGAUUGAAUGUGUUCCUCUUAGUCAAUAAGGCCAGGUUUAUAAGUCAACUCCACAACCAGAUAUUGUUUGUAUUCAUAAAUCUUAUUUAGCCAUUUGGC